AUGUCGAAUCAUAGGUAUAUCAGCAAUCCAAGUAAUUUAUUCGAAGAUGACGAUGUCGACAACGAUACAUUUGUUCAAAGUUAUAGAUCAAGACUACCUCAACCUCAGCAGAAUCCAGCUAAUAUAGCUUAUGGAGGCCAGAUCACUGAUCUUGAGAAACAAAGACAAGCAAUGUUACUAAGACAAAAGGAAAUAGAACAACGAACUUUAGAUUCCUCUAUAAGAAGUGUUGGUCUUUUACGUGACUCUGAACAAAUAGGAAUUGCUACUGCAGAAGAACUUGUAAGACAGCGUGAACAGCUUCAAAACACAAACAGAAGGUUAGAUGAAAUUAAUACAAACCUAAAUUACAGCCAAAAACAUCUGAAUGGCAUUAAAUCUGUUUUUUAUGGACUUAAAAAUUAUAUAUCUGGAAAAUCAGAUCAGACACCUCCAAGAAGUCAAGCAUCGCCAGAUAGUCUGAGUUCAAGAGCUGGGCCUAGUAGUAAACUUGAAGACACCAUCGAUAAUAUGCCUCAAAUUUCUUCAGAAGAUCGCUUCAACAGCCACCCAUCAACAAGAAUACGGGGCUUAAAUCAAGACCAAGUUACAAGUGCACCAAUAUCUGAUAGCAAGCGUAUCAAUGAAAUGCUGGAUGCCAACUUAGAUGAAAUGGUUCAGCACAUAACUAGAUUAAAAGGCCUUGGCAGUGCGCUUGGGGAAGAAAUUGACCUGCAAAAUAAGCUUAUAGACACCAUACAAGAUAAAGUAGAGGAUGCAGAUAUAAAAAUUGGAAAACAGAAUAAACAAAUGAACAAAAUUUUAGGAAAAUAA